UUUGAUUGAACUGUAUGUCUAAAAGGCUCGAUAUGAUUCAUAUCUGAAUGUAACUUUAUAUAUAAAAUCACAACAACAUAGUCCACCACUGAUCCAUAUGAUCCAAUAUGUGUAGAAUAUUAUUAUUAACAUUAUAUUCAUUUGAAUGUAAUUCAGUUUUUCCUGGGAGACGCAAAAAUGUACAGUAGGCUAUGUGAAACAAAGUUAGGUCUGCUGGAAUAUUAAUUUGUGAUAAAAUCAUAUUAAGUUAAAUUAUAUCACAAGCAGUACACACCAUACCCUCCCGAGAAAAACAGCCUAUGGCAUGUUUUGAAGCUGGUUUACGUGAUAAAAGCUGUAUUUCUGUGCUGGGUCGCUUUAAAAAAGACCCGGGAGGAGGUUCCUGUUCGAGUUCCUGUUUUUGAUUUCCUGACAUACUUUUUUUUUUGCUUGUUUUGGUUUUUUUUUCCUCCGGAGAUCACACACGGCAUCAUCAACAAAGUCGGUAGAAAUAAAACACAUCUUCGCUCGUGUCUGCUUGAUCUCGGAGGAUUGGAUACAAUGGAGGAGGCGUAUGCGGCGCUGUACCAGGAGUUUGUCCGUCUCCAGUCGCUCUGCUUAAAACAAGCAGCAAUAAUACAGCAUCUCUCCGACACUCUACAACGGCAACAAGGUUUGGUCAGGACUCCGACUGUAAACUUUGAAAAGCCGUGUCAGUUCCCAGAGGAAAGGUCAGGACACCGACCCCAUCCCGCAGAACCCAGAGAACCGCUAAGAGAUCCCAAUGGACCACACAUACUGGGCUUUCAAACUGGUAACGAUCUCGGUCAUAUCGAUACGGGACUAGACAAACUGCGUCUGAACCUGGAUGUGCCGGAUCAGAAGCAGGACAGCCACGAUAAAGCGGCUUUUCACGAUCCGGCGGAAAACAGUGCCUGGGAUGACCUGAGGAGAGUUGAACAACAUUAUUAUGCGAACCAGACUUCACAAAGACUGCGGAGGCCCUGGUCCUCCUCGUUUCUGGACAGCGAGCUGGUCAGUCACGCCGGAGGGCUGUUCAUGUCUGGAGUCACGCUGCAGUCGCAGGUGUGUGAGUUCUGUCACGCUGUGUUUCCUGGACACACCAGCACCCGCGGAGAGUUCCUGCGUCACCUCACCACACACAUGACCUGAAGGAAAGCGAUGCUGCCAACCGCAUUCGUCAAAGGAUGGAGAUGAGAUGAUCACGGCGAUGAUGUCAAUAAUCGUUCCUUUGAUCCUCAAGCUAUUAGAGCUUUGAGUCAGCGAUGAUCUAGAUUUUUAUUUAAUUAAAAUGUAAGGCACGCAAAAUAGUAGUGCAAUAUGAUAAAGUUAUGCAUGCACAAGU